GGUGUUGGAGGAGGAGAGGGCGGGGGAAGAUAGGAGGGAGAGAUUCGACGCAAAAGUCGUUUGCGGGAAGCCGGUUUUCGGUUUACCCUGCUUUUUAAUGCGAUUAAAGCGACUAUUAUAAACGCCUCCGGUUCGGGACAGAGAGCAGGACGGGAGGGGGGUGUCCGUCUCUGUGUAGCCGGAUGUCAGUCGUGCAUAAGCUAAAAUGGCAGAGUUAAGAUGGACGCGGCCUAUUUUAAGUCCCCUUUGCUUUCCCGCACAGCGUUAUAAAACUUGGAAAAGGUCUGAAAGCUUAAGGUUGUCAUGUCUCCCCUGCAGUCAGUCUCCAAGUUAAAAAUAACUUCAAAUAUUUCUAUGUUGGGCCAUGGUUACUUUGCGUUUAAACCAAUACGUAAAAACAUGCAAGUGCUUAACCGCUUUGAAUAAAUUUGGCCAGCCCGCUUCCGGUUCCCAUGUUUCAAAACCUGAGGUUGUGCAUUUGAGUCCAAAUAAAGCGGUCCGAGCAUUUAUAUUAAGGGGAGCCUGUGUUGGUUAAACCGAAAUCAAUCUAUAAGUCCUACUUCCAUGUGCACACAUAAGCCCGAUUCCCGUUCGCAUUGCACUGCAUUUUAAAUAUCAGUUUUCUUCUAUCUUAUUUCUAUGAAUUAUGUGCUUAAUGGUUAAACUGAAUGAUCUUCAGCACCAAAACGCCUUUCAUAAAUUUCCUGAAUAUUAACAUAAUGUAAUAAUUAGUUGUAUCAGUAUGACUGUGCAAACCUAAACAUGCGCAUUAAAACUGGAAAUGUUGUGUAAUUGAUGUAUGUUUGUCAUUGUGUGUGUGUGUGUGCAUUGCGUGUUUAGCAGCGAUUGGACUACCGGUUGUAAAGUUAUUAGUAUCUAGAGAAUGAUGUAAUUCAUUGACGUAACUACGCUUGUGCUCCUUGAAGAGUCUGUGCCUGAAAGUGUUAUAUCAGUAAUACCCCACCAGUUACUACUGUAAGUUUUUGAACACACAUUCAGAAUGAGAUAGGAUAAGUUAAAAACGUGUUUGAUUUAUCGUGGCAUCAGUGGUGUCGACUUCAGUCACAGUUUGAUCGCAGAGCUGGGGGUUGAAGCCUUACCAGUAGCUUUCUUUAUGGACAGUUGAUUGCUUGCCCUUCUAUCUGGAGAGCAAAACAAAGGCCUGGAAUCUUCUGUGAGACCUGCCGGGGGAGAAGUCGCCACGUGCCGGAGGGAUGGAGAGCGUGGGGCUCCAGGCCGUGGCUCUGAGCGACGGCUCGACGGCCUACAUCCAGCAGGCCAUCAAAGAUGGAAGCUUGGUAGAAGGCGAUACCAUUCAGCUAGAGGACGGCACCACCGCCUACAUCCAGCAGGUCACAGUACAGCAAAAAGACGUGCUGCCUUUCGAGGACGGACAGGUGGUCCAGCUGGAAGAUGGCAGUACUGCCUACAUUCACCACACUCUGAAAGAGGGCUAUGACCCCAGUGCAGUGGAGGCAGUGCAGCUAGAGGACGGCAGCACAGCCUACAUCCACCACCCGACAGUGCUGCAGUCAGGUCGCACCACCCAUGCCGUGCAGGUAGGGGGAGCCCUGGAGGAGCCCCUGGACCCCAACACCAUUGCCACCCUGGAGCAGUAUGCUGGCAAGCAGGAGGCAGAAGACAGCAUUGGCAGUGAGCUUCAGAAGGUGGAUUCCAGAGUGGAGCAUACCACUGUGCAGGUGAUGAUUGAGGGAAAGGCCUGGGGCUCCACCAAGACCCAGCAAACACCCGAGAAGAGUUUCCGCUGUGACUACGAGGGCUGCGGACGCCUGUACACCACCGCACAUCACCUCAAGGUGCACGAGCGCGCUCACACGGGCGACAGGCCGUACCGCUGUGACGUGCCCACCUGUGGCAAGGCCUUCGCCACCGGCUACGGGCUCAAGAGCCACCUGCGCACGCACACGGGGGAGAAGCCUUACAAGUGUCCCGAGGACAUGUGCUACAAGGCCUUCAAGACGUCGGGGGACCUCCAGAAGCACGUACGCACACACACAGGCGAGAAGCCCUUUCGCUGUCCUUUUGAGGGCUGCGGCCGCUCCUUCACCACCUCCAACAUCCGCAAAGUGCACAUCCGCACGCACACGGGGGAGCGGCCCUACAUGUGUCCCGAGCCUGGCUGUGGGCGGGGCUUUGCCAGUGCCACCAACUACAAGAACCACAUGAGGAUCCACACAGGUGAGAAGCCGUACGUGUGCACGGUGCCGGGCUGCGGUAAGCGCUUCACUGAGUACUCCAGCCUGUAUAAGCACCACGUGGUGCACACGCACUGCAAGCCUUACACCUGCAGCCACUGCGGCAAGACCUACCGGCAGACAUCCACGCUGGCAAUGCACAAGCGCACCGCCCACGGUGACUUCGACACCCCCGAAGAGGAGGGGGAAGCUCUGGAGCCACCUCUCAAACAGUCCCGUCUGGCUUUCCUGGAUGGGGGGGACACUAAGGAAGAGGCCUCACAUGUGACUAUGAUGACCGGUGACUCCAUAAGCCCACAGGUGGCCCUGAUCACUCAGGACAGGGGUCAGCAGGUCAGCCUGUCCCAUGAGGAGCUCCAGGUGCUGGGCACGGCAAUCACCAUGGUGACUCAGGACGGCACGACCAUCACGGUGCCCGCCCACCAGGAGGUGGUGGACGGCACAGGCCAGCACACGGUAGCCAUGGUUUCCGGGGACGGCAAGGAGCUGCAGCCGGUUGCCAUAGUGACAUCAGACAGCAUCAUGACUGGAGGCACUGGGAUAUCAGGCCCGAAUUACCAGCAGGUGGCGCUUUUGGCCACAGCUAAUGGCACCCAAAUCGCUGUUCAGCUGGAGGACCAGCAGACUCUGGAGGAGGCCAUCAGCAUGGCCACUGCCGCUAUCCAGCAGGGGGGCAUGUCCCAGGAUGCGGGGCCCUCCUAGGCAGAACCUGAGGCACCACUGAGAGGUCAGGGAGGGGUUGGGGCAGGGCUGUUCCUCAGGAACCCACCAUCAGAGCAUCUGUAGGCUUCAAACAUCUCCUCAUCUCUACCCACCACACUACCGCCUUGCCUCAGUCAGAACAACGCCCAGCCUACCCUCCCAGUUCUUUUAGCUUCGAACCGUAAACUUUUAAAGGUAAAAAGCUUUAAAAAAGGAAAAACAACAAUCUGCUUUGGUGAAAGAGACCUGGAGAAGGGAAAUGUCCUCCACAGCUGGCACCUUUCACCAACCGUUUUCACGAGAUGUCCACGUGCGAACGUGUACUGGAGACUGACCAACAGCUUCCUUUGAGGCAUCACACUUCCUGAGCCUGGGUUCAACGGUGAGGUUAUUUACUAAAGGCCCACACGGGUUUUAGCAGCUUCAGGGAUAAUCCGUUAUGGGUUAAGGAAGGUCAAAGUUCACCCUUUAGACAUCUGUAGUCUUCACAAUAAUAUAUAUUGAUUCCCUGUUGAAAGUCCCUGUAAAGUUAAAAUCAACAGCAUGUCUGACUGUUCCUGAAAAGGUCUUGGUACCAGAACUGGUGUAUUCUUCAUGUUCUUCAUCUUCAAGCAUCAGGACCAGUAGAGUUACUGAUGAGUAUUGCGAAUCAGACUCAGACUGGUUAAGUCCUAAUGAGGUAUGAGGUUUUGAACAGGCAUCACCUGGUAAUAAACCCAACUGUGAGACUCAGCAGUUUUAAUCACGUGAUGCAAUGCAAACCCAGACUGUUUGCUAUCAGUCUUCCAUCCUUGUGUUUAAAGACCAGAGACUUUAAGUACGGGUUGUGUCACCUAUCAAGCAGGACGUCACUCCAGCUUUAAGGGCAGAAUCGGGGAAAUCAGUCUUGCAAUUGACUACACAUCAUUUAAUAUGUUACCAAACUUAUUAAAAUGGUGUUGCACCAUUUAUAAAUGUGUAUCUUUUUUUAAUUCCAAAAAUAAAGCUGAAUAUUUAAGAGGACUGGUUGAUAUAUCUUGGUUGAAGUACACAUGUCACAUUAAAAUUGUGAAUUAUUUUUCAUGCUUACUGGAAAUUUCUUGGCCAGGCAACUCGUUUGGCUGAUUUGUUUUGAUUGUUCUGGAUAACUUUGCUCUUAACCUAGUGUUGUCACACAUGUACUCCUGUAAGGGUGCGUGAAGCCACUUUAAAAUAAUUUUUUUAGACAUCCCAGGCUACCCCGCAUUGUUAAAUAUGUUGGGUGCCCAUACAGGAUUUAUGCUGCCUACCUUUGUGCCACUAGGGGGAACCCUUGCCCAGCCUUCCCUAAUGUCAAUGCACCGUAUUGAGCUCUCUUGUCUGUUAUUGGUCUAUUACUUUUCUGUUUUUUUUGUGUUAAGACAUUGAAAAUGUCUAACUAAAUUAUGCUGUACUCAAACUAGGCAUAACAGAUGCCUUCACUUCUUUGUAGGACAUAUAACAAUUUGCUUGGGCAGAGUGGUCACCCCUGUGGGCUCCAUGGGCACCGUUGCCAAGCUCGCUGUCACAUAUAUGUGUCUGUGUGUCACAGAGAGCAAGAUGGGGUAGAUGGAAGUAAUAAAAAUCCCCGCAUGGAUCAAUAAAGUUUCAUUAUUAUUGUUAA